AUGCCAUCAGAGUUUGAGUUCAAUCCACACACCCACAAAGAUCACUACCCUUCUUCGGUUGUGAAAUGGAAAGUACUAUCCCACCUUGCCACGCCGGCAGUUUGGGAGAAGAUUCAAUGCACACUAUUUACACAGGGGGUCUUCUAUGAUUAUUACUCGCUGAUGACUGAGGAUGGAAAGAGGCAUGAGAGUAGUGAAUCACUGGUGUUGAUUGAGUUUGAUAUAAUGGUUGAUCUGAGGAACUGUCGCGCGGAACUUGUGGAUGGGAUGGAGGAGAAGAGAAUGCAGCUCACAGCGAUUGAUGAUGUUGAGAAGUUUGUGGCCAAGGCUUUGAAGCUGGAGGAGUGGCCGGAUCAGUUUAUGAUGUCUGAGGAGAAUCUUACUUGCAAGGAACUUAUUGAGAUUUGUGAGAAAGUGAGAGGAAAACCAUUCGAAAUCGAAUGGAUAUCAGUUGCAGAUAUGGAAAGCAAAAUAGAAGAGGCAGAGAAAGUGAAUGAUGUGCUCAGAACAUUCAUCUGGACGACACCCCUUCGUAUCCUCGAGGGAGACUUUUGA